UUGCUGACUGCAAAGCACCGCCGGAGCUGGAGCACGGCUUUGUCACCUUCUCCUCCAGGAACAACCUCACCACCUACCGAGCAGCCAUCCAGUACCACUGCCAGCACCCCUACUACCACAUGGCCCCCAACAGCACUGCCACCUACACGUGCGACGCAACGGGUGUUUGGAGGAGUGAGGAGCUGGGGACCAAGCUGCCAUCCUGCCGACCAGUGUGCGGCCGGCCAGCUCGUCCUCUGCCUGGUAUCAUCAAGCGUAUCAUUGGUGGGCGAAAUGCAGAACCUGGCUUCUUCCCCUGGCAGGCCCUGAUCGUGGUGGAGGACAUGUCCCGGGUGCCCAACGACAAAUGGUUUGGCAGUGGGGCGCUGCUCUCAGACUCCUGGGUGCUGACGGCCGCCCACGUGCUCCGCUCCCAGCGGCGAGACAAGACUGUCAUCCCUGUCUCCAAGGAGCACGUCACCGUCUACCUGGCCCUUCAUGAUGUGAGGAACAAGAUGGAGGCCAUCAACCGGACAGUGGAGAGGAUCAUCCUCCACGAGGAGUUUGACAUCCAGAACUACAACCAUGACAUUGCUCUGGUCAAGCUGAAGGAGAAGGUGACCAUGGGGAACUACGUCAUGCCUGUCUGCCUGCCCCAGUUUGAGCACGAGCUGGAGGGGCCUCACCCCAACACGCUGGGGCUGGUGGCUGGCUGGGGCAUCUCCAACCCCAACAUCACAGUGGAUGAGAUCAUCAGCUCAGGCAUGAGGACACUGUCCGACAUCCUCCAGUACGUCAAACUGCCAGUGGUGCUGCACGCAGAGUGCAAGACCAGCUACGAGUCGCGGUCGGGGAACUACAGCGUGACCGAGAACAUGUUCUGCGCCGGCUACUACGAGGGUGGGAAGGACACUUGCUUGGGAGACAGUGGGGGAGCCUUUGUCAUCCAGGACCCAGGAACCCGGAGGUGGGUGGCCCAAGGGCUGGUCUCCUGGGGUGGCCCAGAGGAGUGCGGCAGCAAGCAGGUGUACGGUGUGUACACCAAAGUCUCCAACUAUGUGGACUGGGUAGAGAAGAAAACAGGCUCCUCGGAGAGGUGGACAUUUCUGGACCCGGAGCUGGAGAGAUGA